AUGCGUGUAAACCGUCCCAGUUCCGCUCAAGGAGACCCCAAGGGCCAUGGCCAUGAAUCCGGUUUCUCGACAGACGGCUCGGCACCUCACCUGCCCAGUGCUGAGCUAGAGAAAUGCGCGACUGACGAGGCUGGGUCUUUGCGCCCUCCCAACGACCAGCCUGCAAAAUUUGAGAGCGCAGAACCCAUAGAGAUGAGCGGAUGGACCUUCUAUACUCUGAUAUUUUCCGUCAUCCUGGCCUCGCUCCUGAUUGCUCUUAACGCCACCGUGCUGGGAACUGCUAUCCCAGCUAUCACGUCCGCCUUCGGUACCGUCGACGAUGUCGGCUGGUACGCCUCGGCGUACCUUAUAGCAAACUGCGCCAUGUCGCCCUUGGUCGGACGGCUAUACCGAACAUUCCCUCUGAAGGUCAUGUUCGUCUCUUUCGUGGUGAUUUUCGAGAUUGGGUCCUUGAUCGGAGGGCUAUCAAAGUCUUCCCCGAUGCUCAUCGUUGCAAGGGCAAUCAGUGGGAUUGGGGGCAGUGGCAUCUUAAACGGAGGCCAAACCAUUAUCGCGGCGACCGUUCCGAUAGAAAAACGUGCGUUCUGGAACGGAAUCAUACUAGGUUGCUUCGCCUUAGGCCAAGCGAUCGGCCCUCUGAUCGGUGGUGCGUUAACCCAAGAAGCCACCUGGCGUUGGUGUUUUUACUUGAAUCUCCCAGUCGGAGGGAUCGUCAUUUUUCUGUUCGUGGUUGUGGUCAGACUGCCUGUGGUAAAGCUUUCUGACAAGAAGAUGACGGUACUCGAGAGGAUCUUGGAAAUUGACCUCAUUGGGUUCUUCACCUUCGCAGCCGCGUGCACGAUGUUCCUGAUGGGCUUACAAUGGGGCGGGACUAAGUACGCCUGGAACUCGCCAACAGUUAUUGGGCUUCUAUCUGGCGGCGUGGUAGCCUUCGUAAUUCUCGGCUGCUGGUUCGCUCACAGAGGAGAAGCGGCAUUAAUACCACCAAGGCUCUUACAAAACCGGAUCAACGUGAUGAUCACCAUCACGUCUUUCGUUCAAAGCGGUGCCACCACCACCGCGUUGUACUGGUUACCGGUCUGGUUCCAGGCCAUCAAAGAUGCAAACCCUCUACAGAGUGGCGUGAUGAUCCUUCCGUUGAUCCUGUCUCAGCUGGUUGCGUCGGUGGUGUGUGGCGUCCUCGUCCAGAAAACCGGCUACUAUCUUCCGGAAGUGAUUGUGGGCAAUGCGUUGGUGGCAGUCGGAGCUGGCCUAACAUCGACUUUCUCACCAUCGACGACCCAAAGCGAGAUCAUCGGCUACCAGGUCUUGGUGGGAGCUGGCCGGGGUCUGGUACUACAAUUGCUCGUAACAGCAAUACAGGCAAACGCACCAAGAGAAGAUGCCUCUAUUGCUUCAGCCUAUGCCAUGUUCUCUCAAUUCCUAGGGGGUGCUUUCUUCACCUCCAUCGCGAAGUCGAUCUUCACCAGCUCUAUUGGGGACGCUCUUCAUCAAUUCGCUCCAGGCGUUGACCCGGACUUGCUGAUUAACAGCGGAGUCACUGACUUCAUCAAGAUCCUCCCCCAAGAACUGCUUCAGGGGGCUUUGCUAGCCUAUAACCAAGCCAUAGACCAUGUCUUCUAUCUCCAGUUGGCCGCCGCAAGCUGUGCUUUUGUCACAGGUUGGGGAAUGGGAUGGAAUAACCUGAACCAUAUCAAGCAGGAAAAGGGAGAUUACGAGGACGUCAGCGAGGCACAACCCACGGCAAAGAGAUCCGCCGUUGUAUAA